AUGCGCUCCUUCUCCUUCUCCCUCCUAUCCCUCACCUGCCUCGUCCUGAUCCAGCUGCUGUGCAGUCCCUUCCCUCAAGUACAAGGCAAAGUCGUCCUUCCCCCUGCACCAUCACCAUCACACACAAACGACAGCUCAGUUCCUCUUGCAACCGUCGCUCCUUCGCAAGCAUUUGUAGAGAAGAGACGUCGUAAAGAGGCUAGAAAGGAAGCAAAGAGAUACGCAGCCUCAGUCGCGGCUGGUCGAGUUGCUCGUGCUCCUAUCGCUGCUGCUGUUCCUGAGCUUGCUGCUCCUGUCGCCGGUCGACGUAGAGCGCAACCUCUCGGGAAGAGGGACAGCAAUCCUGACAUUAUCAAGGCGCGCGAUGGGCUGGCUCCAUUGCAGCACUUAUCUCGCCAGCAGCAGCAGCAACAGAAGAAGAAGAGGGCAUGCACUACGAGUGAAAAGAAGAAGAAGAGGGCAUUGAAGAAGGAGAAGAGAGCGGUCAAGGCCAAGGCCAAGGGCAAGAGGGCUGCUGCGGCCGAGGAGUCUGAAGAGAGGAGGUACGCUCCCGACCCCGCCGACCACCCUCUGAAUUGA